AUGAAGGCUAAGGCGAAGCAGCACAAACAAUCCCGUCUCGACGGUGAUGUAGCUAUGUUCGACGACUUAAAGCAACGGCGCACUAAGAAAGCCGACAAAUUAACCAUAUUUAAUACCCUCAAGAUCGAGACUCAGCAUAUCAAAGACAACACAGAAAAGAAUGACAAGAAGACAGCGUCAUCUUCAAGCACCAGUAAGAAGCGACGUCGACGCUCUGCAGCAGAGAUUGAUCGCAAGUUUAAAUGCUCGGUAAAAGGUUGUCCUAAGGCUUAUGGAUCCGAAGGUUCAUUAAUUCACCAUCAACGGGUAAAACAUCCCGAAUUGGCACAGGCUGAAGCGCAAGAGAGAAAAGAGACGCAGGUUGGUACGUUCUUGUUACCACUUCACAAUGCGCCACGAAAUGUUGCGAUUCGACCAGCGACGCCAAUGAUGACAAUUGCACCUGAUUCGAGUAUAAUGAUCCGAACUCAAAGCUCCGAAACAAUAAGCCCGACCAUUUUCCCUCCGGAUUUAAUUCCUCCGUUUGUUAACACUUCACGCUGCAACAUGCGCUCGAGAUCAAAUUCGGAGCCAGUCACUGUGAAUGAUUCAGUCUCGAAGCCGUUUCAUUCUAUCGCAGCUCCAAAAUCAAAUCCGAUCAAACAACGAGCUCGAACACCUCGACCGCGUCGAGUGAGCACAUUGCAUUCAAAAACAGUAAUAUCCACUACAGAACUUCUGAAUAUUCGCCCAAAGUCCGAGUCGUUUCCAGAACUGGAUUCGUUUCAGCCUUUUGAAGCGCUAAGCAUACCAGUGAAUCAACGUAGUGACAGUGCAGCAAGUGCACACGAACCAAUUUUACCAACAACUAGCGUCAAUUUCAGUAAUCAACAGUCUUUCGAUUGGUCGAUUGCAUCGAUUUCUGCUUCAGGACAUUCUUCAUCGUUACCUAGUGACGAUCAAGCGAUUGAUAGUGACAUUUUAUCCGUUCUCGCUUUUGAUGACACUGACGAUAUAAACAAUUCUUCCGAGCUUGAUUUAAAUGGUGAGUCAUCUUUACCUCGGUUGUAUCAGUCGACAAGGAACGAUACAAAUUUGGUGCCCGUGGAAAUGGAGUGUUUUAAAAUUGCUGGAAACUCGGUACUACCAACUGAAAGUUCGCAAAUGUUUGUGCUAAAUGAACCAGAAGCUGAGCUCAAUUCAAAUACUUUUGCUGCACUUCGUGAUGACUGGACGAACGAUGCGCAUUUGUCUACGCAUUUGGAAAAAAUGUCCAUGGCACAAAUUGAAUCUUCCGCCACGAUUAACCAACAGGCAACAGUGGAAAGAUUGCGCUCUGCAUCGGAUCCGAUCCACGUUGUGAACGCUCCGAUGACGCUGGAAAUGACGCACUUUACAAUGGAAGAUGAAUUGACACAUCGAAAUGAGCACAAUAACCCAUACUUGCAAUGGUAUGGUGGCUCGAUUAUGCCGGGCAUUGCCAAUGCGUCUACUGUGAACAGCAAUAACCCACUGUAUUGGCAGGAUGUCACUGCGACCGUGGCAAUAGAUGCCAAGCAACCAUCUUCUGCUGCUCUUGAUGAGUUGCUCCAGCAUGACGAUGCAGUCGACUGGAAAGCGACGGGUGGGCUCGAAGACAAGACUGAGAUCAGCUUUGCACUUCUUGAUAAUGAGAUGUCGCCAACGCUGCUAUGA